AUGCCACUUUGGGGAAAUGAUGCUUCUAGUUCCAGAGCGGAUACACCAAAGAUCAAGUUGUAUUCCCCCCCUUACCACGUUCCACCUCGUGGGUUUCCCGAAGACGUUGUGCCUCCAAUUAGCACCAAAGACAUGAAGCAUAGCAGUCGUCCUUCAGGUCAUCCCGGAGGUCAACGCCUAGAGUAUAAAAACGGAUGUUUUCACAAAGCUCCCGAUAAGGUCAGCAAAGCUCCAAAGGAAGGGCAAAUCUUGUUGCACCUGUUCAUGAGGAUUGCACAGAUGGAAAACAGAGUAGCAGAUGCUAUUAAAGCUAAAGCGAUAUUUGUGAUUCAUAGUAGCCAUAAUGCCCAAUAA